ACCCAAUACGCGUUUCAUUAUUAAAAAAGAACCGAAAAAAACACAGCAAUCACACGUCUCUCUGCCGUUCGGGGUGAUUACGAAGGCGACGACUAUACCACUCCGUUUCAUACCGACGACGGCAAUUAUCGCGUGUGCGUGUCGGUAGCGUGCUCGUAAAACAAUAUUCUAUCGGCGGAUAUAAUAUAUUAUAAUAUUAUAUACAUACAUAUUGUUUUAUUAAAUAUAUAUUUCAUUAUCGGCACGGCGGAGGCGGUUGCACACGACCAGCGAUCGAGCAGCCAUAAAUAUUAUUAUUAUACCGAUAAGUAGAUAGUGCAACACCUAUACACGCGGAACUGCCGCCGGAGGACGGGCCACGAGCGUGUUAUUAUACACAGACAAUAUUAUAUUUUUAAGACGUUCAUCCUAUUGUAAUCGUACGCGUUCGAAGACGAUCGUAAUGUGUCGCGUAGUUAUUGUUACUUUGUUAUCAUACCUGCGUAUUAUAUUAUUAUUAUUAUGUACAUCAUAAUAUUAUUCUAAUAAUCGCGCCAGACAAACCGACAACUGUCGUCUUCGUCGUCUUCGCUAUCGUCGCUUCUGUUGGUGCGUUAUUAUUGUUAUUAUAUUAUGUCAGGUUCGUCGGCGAUAAGAUGAUGCGGGAGUGUCGGACCUCCGACGUUUCGGGUCGAUUACAAAACGUUUUGCCGCUAAACGCCAUCAAUAUGUAUACGGCACACAGGCGGACAGAUCGUGUUAUGUAUGCGAGAAAUCAACAAUACAAAUACAGUAAGGAACCAGUUACGGGCGGACAACCUAUAACAGUUGAACAAGCAAAAGCAUUACGGUUGACUGUAUUUGGUGCGUGUGACACACCACCUAGAGGCGAAUGGCUCCGUACUGGGUUUGUGUUUAGAGAUCCUGAGAAAGAGCUAUCGUACGGCUUACGAGCACGCAGAAAUGGUACACGAGGAAUGCAGACCGCAAUACAAGGAUACAUACUCAAACAUUUGUUAUUUACAAGCACUAAUAACUCAUGUAUGAAACCAUCUAAACAGCAGCAACUGGAUGCACUUUGUAAAUCAAUUACUGAAAUCCUGUGGAAGAUUGGCGAUAACGAAAAAGUUAUAGUAUGUUUACCGCAAGAGAAGAGUUACGUAGCGCACUCGUUAAACUAUUUCCAAGAUAAUGUUACCGAAAAACUCCACUUGUUCGAGUUGACCAAUAUUCAAGACUUAGAAAUUUUCCUCAAAAGAUAUUUGCAUUUGUUCCAAGAUGAUCCUGGACCCGGAUCACUAUUGUUGCUUUAUAGUGCAGUGCUAACAAGAGGGCUAUCCAAGAUCGUAUCAGAUUUAAUGGAUGAAAAAGUGUAUCUCAUAUCAAGUGCUGAGGAAGGGUCUAUAUGCAUCGUAACACUGAUGCUUACCGGUAGAGCUACUCCUAAUCUGCACAAUGGUAUUGUGAAUAUUGGGGACGAACAACAUUAUGCUAUACCACAUUAUGGAAUAUUAGCCAGAAGUGAAGUAGGUCUACUGGUUCAUUAUGAAGAAUCCUCUACACCAGUACAAGUCACACAGAUACCUGGUUCUCGGUUAAAAACGCCGUCCUAUCCUAUUUGGAUAACUUGCGCUAAAGGUCAUUACGGAAUACUCUUCAACACUAAUAGGGAAUUGUUAAGAAAUCAUUUAGCUGAACGAAGAUUCCCAUUGACUCACUAUUCGUGUAGCGGUAGCGAAAACCACGCGACGGUGGACACGCGAUCGCACCAGGGCGAACAGACACGGAUAAUGAAGGCCACGGACGAUAUUAACAACACCACGUCGCUUCUACUUUUGGUCGAGUGUCUUAUACACACAAAGUGGGAAGGAGCUUCGGUGCAGUGGACGGGCGUUACAAAUGCGGUGAAUUAAUAAAGCAUAAUAUAGUUACAUUAUUAUAGAGUAGCAGUAUACCUAUUACCUACAGUUGUUCAUUGUCCAACAACAAUUAUUAAAAAUUGGUUGUUGAGUGUGGUUAUUGAAAUACCAAUAAUUUAACAGAAAAUAGACCAUAGUUUAUGUAUAAUACAUAUUAUAUAUUGUACACCUAUAUAAUAUACUAAUUAUUCAUAAAAUGUUUUGUGUAUUCAAUUAAAAAAGAAAAAAAUUAAUACGAUGCAUCCUGUAGUAUAAUAAUAUAUUUUUAUUAAAAAAUAACAGGUAUUAAAUCACUUUACGAUGCUCUAAUUAAUUUUUAAUUGAUCAAAAAAAAAAAAAAAAA